GCUAAGAAGUGGGAGGUGUGGCAAUUUUCAAAAAGAAUUUCUUCAGUUAAAAGUUCCCUGAUUCUUCAGCCACAAUCUUACUAACGGAACAACUUGCCAAUUCUGCUCUGGCAGAAGAAAAUAAGGUUUUCUCAAUGGAUUCUCUAGCAACAUCCAUCAACCAAUUUGCUCUGGAGUUUAGCAAAAAGCUUGCUGAAUCUGUGGAGGGUAAAAAUAUCUUCUUUUCUCCCUGGGGUAUCUCCACCUCCUUGGCCAUGGUGUAUUUGGGCACCAGAGGCUCCACUGAAGCUCAGAUGGCCCAGGUACUUCAAUUGAACAGAGACCAGGAUGUCAAAUCUUGUCCUGAAAGUGAAAAGAAAAGGAGAAUGGAAUUUGCAUCCAGCAAGACUGAAGAAAUAUACUCUGACUUCCAGAAACUUGUUGCAGAAAUCAAAUCUGGCCAUUUCUAUAUCCUUAAAACAGCCAACAGAAUAUACAGGCAUAAUGCAUAUCCAUUUCUCGAUAAAUAUUUAGAAGCUAUGAAAAUGUAUUUUGAUGCGGAACCACAGUCUGUUAACUUUGUGGGAGCUUCUGACCAAGCCAGGAAGGAGAUCAACUCUUGGGUGGAGAAUAGGACUGAAGGAAAGAUUCUCAAUCUCCUACCUGAUGACUCUGUGGACUCCAUGACCAGGAUGGUUCUGGUGAACGCCCUAUACUUUAAAGGAAUCUGGGAACAUCAAUUCCAAGAGCAAAAUACCACAGAAAAGCCUUUCAGAAUAAACAAGACUACAAGCAAACCAGUGCAAAUGAUGUCUGUGAAAGAGAAGUUCCAAAUUUUUCAGAUUGAAAGUCCACGAGCCACAGGUCUUCAACUCUACUACAAGGGCCGUGACCUCAGCCUGAUUGUGCUACUACCUGAUGAUGACAGUGGCCUGAAGCAGCUGGAAAAGGUGGUCACCUAUGAGAAGCUGAAAGAGUGGACCAGUGAAGACAUGAUGGAGUUGUAUGAAGUGCAGCUGCAUCUGCCCAAGUUCAAGCUGGAGGAGACUUAUGAUCUCAAGUCCACUCUGAGCAGGAUGGGGAUGACCGACGCCUUUAGCCAGAGCAAAGCAGAUUUCUCAGGAAUGUCUUUGGAGAGAAACCUGUUUCUGUCCAAUGUUUUCCACAAGGCUUUUGUGGAAUUAAAUGAACAAGGGUCAGAGGCUGCAGCUGGAACUGGGAGUGAGGUGGGCUUUCGAAUUAAACUCCCCUACAUUGAAUUCAAUGCAGACCAUCCAUUCCUUUUCUACAUUAGGCACAACAAAACCAAUAGCAUUCUCUUUUAUGGAAGAUUUUGCUCCCCCUAAACCUGUGUCUCUCACCUCAUAAGACUACCUUAGGUGUGAAAAAUGAACCAUAGGAAAGAAAAUACAAUUAUUAUGGAAUUUAAUGUAGCCUACACCCUUUUCACUUUUAAAUAAUGUUGGUAAAUAAAUCUUGAAAUAAUGUGUUCUGGCGAUCCUGUCAUGUCUGUGUAGCUAGAGAGAAUGAAGUUUUUAAUUUUUACCACAGAAGCAGCAGUUCGUCUUAAUGUGAUUUUUAUUUACAUUGCAGAAAUGCUGUUAUUCCAUCUAAUACCUCGCAGUUCUUGAACUCCCCGAUCAUUGUAUUACUGUCAAUUACAUUUUACAUUCAAUGGUUAAUGUAGAAAAUGUUUAUAAAUGCAACAUGAUAUUGAUAAAUAAGAUAUUGUCAAGAAUAUAAUUUGAUGACUUAUAAAAUCCACCAUAAAAUUAGUUCCCCCAUCUGCUAUUUUAAAUAUAUGGAAAUUAGUGAGAAACCUAGUGAAAUGCAGAUGAAAUCCAUGAUUUAGUUAGUAGCAGUGUACCAAUCUUGAUGUCUUAGUUUUGACAACUGUACUUUGAUAAUAUAAGAUGUUAGCAUUAGGGGAAAUUGCAUUGAGAAUGUAUGGGAAUUCCAUUAUUUUUGCAAUCUAUUAUUUUUGCAGUUAUUUUAUGAAUCUAAAAUUAUUCAAAAAUAAAAAUUUGUUUAAAAAUAACUGUGUAAAAUUUAGUCACACUUUAAGUCUUAAUUUUAAAUUUUUAUGAGCUAGAAGAGUGAAUUUCUUAUUUAUAUAAAUGUGUUCUGUUAUUUAUAAGAUCAUAUUUUAAUAAAACUAAAAUCUCCAGAAAAUUGG